GUUCUGACACAUGUGGAGACCCUAUAUUAUACGUGCAUACAGCAGUUACAACUGAAUUUUUCAACGACGCGCAGAGCUUGGGCUGUCCGUCUAAUCCUACUGCGGCAUCUCGUCGAAGGCCGGCAGGAUCAACCGAAAAAUCUGUCGCACGCCCUAACCCGUCACAUCCGCUCGCUGAUCUUUCCCGAGAGCAGCAAUACGGGCCUCUUCUUCGCCAUAAGCAUUCCCAUCGACAUACCAGACAAGUCGGUUGCUCUCUCCUGGUACUUCGAGGCCAACUAUGGGUUAGUAUCCAUAAACGAUAGCGCAGUCCCGCUGCCGUUCUUCCGACAUCAGAGGAGUGGUGGGCCAAGCUGCUGCAGUAGAAAGCGAAGCCUCGACAGGCAAAUGCUUUACGACGUUCUGCAGAGCAGACUCGAGAGUAACGGAUACCCAGGAAGGGCGUGUCUACUGCGCACAAUAUGCGAAUCCGCGAGAUUUCCAUUUGGCCUCAGCGGACUGGUGGGCGAUAUUACCCGCAUAAUAUUUACGCCGUCGGCGUCUCGACGAGAGGAGCAUCUGGAUGUCGAAUUCGAGGAGGCAGAGAACGCAGCCGACUGCUCCAAGUUCAGCGAAAAGUGCGAGACGAGUCUGCUCGAGUCAAUUAGUCGGAGCUUCGAGUGAUGUAACCGUAACGAUUGAGCAUACAGCUGCAGACACGAGAGUUUACGCGCGGAUUCAAGAGAGUAUAACGAAUCGCUCUAGAGAGAGAGAGAGAGAGAGAGAGAGACAUAGACAGUUCUUUUACGAGACAAUCGAAGAUAAAAGCCAUUAUGACACGCGAUGGCUAGAGUCGUUACAUCGCGUUGCCGCGCUGUACUUUUCUCGCCUAUUGGCAAACUGAAGGGUUUACGGCCACUUAAAGGGCAGCUAUAUACCGCCGCUCGACUAAUGGACGUUUUAUCGCGUAUAAGUUCUCGCCCGUGCAAGCGAGCGAGAGGAGAGCUUUCUGAAUUUUCUUUGAAAAAUCUCACGGAAGUAUCAAGUGCGUAAAUCUCUCUCUCUAUUUAUUUUUACGCUUUUAUUGAGAGCAGCCGCGUGCUUUACGACGAGCGCGCGGGAGUUUACGCCCGCAUGCAUCUUUCAUACCGCGCUAAAUGACGUCUCGUCUCUCGGCUGUAUACGUCCUUUUUACAAACGAAUUUUUUAUUGUCGCUCUAUGUACAAAUUCUCUUCGGUAUGUAUAUGAUACAAAAUUUCCUUUUCGGACGAGGGAGAGCACAGCGUAAUAGAAGAUAUUGCGACUAGCUCGUGCUGAACCAGUCGCUGCCCAUGGCGCCGAAGAAAGCGGCUGCGCCGGAUUUUAUCGUCGAGCCCGUCGAGUCGUUUCGCGUGUGCUCCUUGCUCGGAUGCUGCUUCCUUCGAUGCUGUAAAGAAAAUGAAAUUCGGUCACGAGCUUAUUCCGCACGGAGAUCCGCGGCUUGGUUUUUCGUUAGUUCUCGAGCAGCCGAAAAUCGUAAAGACAAACGAGCUUGAUUUUUUUUUUUUUUUAGUCACUCAUGCAGCAAAUCGCACGCAACACUGUGUGUUUGUGUCUUACCGAGUCGUCUAAAACGAAGCGAAAAAUAGGUCCAGCUGUGUCUGAGAAAUACACGGGCUCAGUAUGACUUAUUUUUCUUAAAUCUAUUAAAGCAUCUUAGGUGUGAGUUACCUGUGGUCUCUCCGGGACUGGGAGUUGUAUGACGGGUAGGCUCUUGGUGGGAGCAGUGACGGCGAGCGGCGGGAACCAAGGUGUACCCGAGCAGAGGGCUAGCACGCCGGGCGGAUCCUUGAUGGACUUGAAGCCGUCGCUGUGCUCUAUUCGCGCGCCUAGCACGGAAUGCAGUUGCUCCAUGUGAGGCACCAGGUUGCCGAAGAUCAACUGAAAAUUUCGUCGAUUGAAGUCAAGGCGUAAGAUAAUUUUUAAUCUCUGCUAACAGUUUCGAGUAUUUACCAAAGAUCUCUGCACGCCCUUUUUGACGUUGGUAUUGAUGAAUGGAUAGAAGACGUCGAAAUCGAACGGAUCGAUCUUGGAAAUGACGCUAUUGCAGACUUUAUUGGACUGCUCGACCAGGAGCUUGUUAUCCCGAGGGACCAUCAGCAGACUGAUGUAUUUGACGUCGAACAAUAUUUGGAUCGCCUGCUUUUGCCUGAUGUCCAAGCUCGUGGAGAGGCCGUAGUAGUAAUUGAACAGUUCUACAGCGACAUUGUUGAUCAGCACGUU